CCGCACUGUUCCUGCUUAGUGCUACAAAAGAGUGACGUUGUGGGUGGGGGAAGAGGAAAGAGGAGGGGUGAUAUCCCAGCUAACAGCUGCUGCAGCUGUGAAGAGAAAAAAGGAGGAAGAUCAGGAGCAAUUGCAGCAGUCUGACCCCCGCAACAGAUUUAUUCACAUCUGUCAAAGGCAUCUCUUUGGUCUUGGUACCUUUUGUAUGAGUAUUAACACAGUGGGAUGAGACCCCAUUUUGAGGUCAGGACCACUCCUUCACUUGGAGAACAUCAACACAUGAGAGAUCGGUCCUCCAGCUUUAGCAUGAAGACCUACCUCUUUGUGUAUGACCUGAUGCAAUUCUGUGGGCAUUCCUGGAUUUUUACAAAUAUGAUUAUCAGGUUCAUGUCAUUUGGGAAAGAUUCAUUGGCCGACACAUUUUACUCCAUAGGAUUUGUGAUGCGCUUUUGUCAGUUGUUAUCUUUACUGGAGAUCCUACACAUCCUCAUUGGCAUUGAUAAAAGCCGUCUCUUCCCCAGGUUUUUGCAGAUCACUGAGAGAAUAAUUGUGUUGUUUGUCGUGAUCAACAGUCAGGAAGAAGUUCAAGGGAAAUACAUUGUGUGUGUUUUAUUUUUCCUGUGGAAUUUAUUAGAUGUGGUCAGGUACACUUACAGCAUGUUGGCAAGGGUGGGAAUACACUACUUACCACUGACAUGGCUGAACUUCUCACUGUGCAUCCCGCUCUAUCUGCUCUCAGUGCUAGCUAAAGCAUUUGCAAUCUGUGUAUCACUGCCUUAUUUUGAAACCUUUGGCACAUACUCCGUCAAGCUACCAUUUCCAUUCGCCUUCUCAAUCUACUUCCCCUAUGUUCUGAAGACGUACCUGCUAGUGCUGUUUACAGGUAUGUGCUUUAUCAUCCGGAACCUCUUCUCAGAAAGGAAGGCUCACCUAGAAACAGGCAACUUAAAAAAGAAAAGAAGCUAAGCUGAUACUUUGUUUUGAAAUAUGAAAUUUAUUCCCAGUGCACUAGUACAUGCCAAAGGCAAAGAAAAAAAGACAAAGAUUUUCCAUGCAUAACUCCUGUUUGCAUGCACAUUAUCCAGCUGUGCUGAAUCUUCAGAAAAGAAAGAUCUCUAACGCUCCACAAAAAUGGAGCACCUUGGAAUAACUUGUUACUUUUUAAAGUUUUGACUUCAAAUGUCAGUAUUUUUAAAAAUGAUUAUAUUUUUUUCUAAUAUAAGAGAACUCAGAAAAAAAAUAGAAGAGUGCCUUCACCACAGUUACACUAACAACCCUUACUUUGGUGUUAAUUCUUGCCUCAUCAUCAUCAGAUAUUCUGUAACAACAACAACACUAUUUAAUGUAUUAUUAUUUUAUAUUAGGCAAAUACGUACGUGCUUCAUGUAUAUAAUUGGCUAUAAUGGGGAUCUCUCAAGGAGCAGAAGCUGGAAGCUUUGCAGCCUAUGAGAUUACUAUGCUGAUUGCCCCAGGCAUUCACAAAGGACCCCUGACAUCCUGGCCCUGCAUUCACAUCUGCCAGAAAGAUUCCAGCAAAUGCAAUUAAACCAUGAGGGCAAAUGAUCAGGUACUCGGGUACUAUGUAUCUAAGCAAAGCUAAUCAUCAUGUUGCUGGUAGAUGUUGAGAAUCUCUUUCCUUGCCAUGAUUUUUCUCCAUGCUGAACAGCAAACAGAUAAGCAAAAGAAGUGUGUGUUGAGGCCAAAUAAAUGUUUUUCUUUAAAGUGAAGGUACUGACCAUCAAAAAAACCAUGUGCAAAAUUCUACCAGUUUUACUGAAGUUCACCGCCUCUUUUACUUCUAUUGGACUACCUGUGAGAAAGCAACCAGAGCACAGUCUUUCAAAUUUGACAGUCAAAAACAUAUAGCAGCUGAGGGAACCCGGUAAAAAGGAGAAAACAGACUGCACUUGCUGCAGAAAUAAGUGCUUAGGGACGUUUCUUGUGUUUCAUCCAUAUUGCCUAUCACCUGCAUUUUACUUCAUGGACGUCAGGGGAGAAAACUGAGGCUAUUUUUUUUUUUUAAGCUUGAAUGAAAACUGAGAAAAGGAUGGAAGAGUUAAAGGGGAAAUUAACACGAUCACAUUAUGAAAAGGCUGUUAGUAUAACUUUCUAAACCAUGCUCUUAAGAGGGUGUUCAAACUGUUGUAAGUAGCAAACAAGUGAGACUGGCCUUGAUGAGGUCAGCUGUUACGAAAGGUCACCUACUAUAAUUUUUAUUGAAUACAUCUGGCUGGUAAUGCCUGCAGACUGUUGUGACCACUGGGAUAUAUGCAAACCAUAGGCAGCGGGAUCCUACAUGGAAUAGUUCAAGGGGGACCCUGGAUAUUUUGAAAGCACUGCAGACAAGAGUUAGUAAUUUGGAUGUUGUUAGAGACACAGAGGUACUUUCACUUUGGACUUCUGCCUGACCCAAACCACUCCAAGUGCAAACAGUCUGAAUAAAGAAAAGUAUAAGCAGCUGAAGAGGAUGGCAGCUUCAAAGGAGAGAGCUGAAAUAGGAACACUUCACAAUCAGAUGACAUUGUAACAUGCAAAAUGAAACUUGGACAUUUCCCUUCUUGGUGAUUCAAUCUAAUGUGCUUGACCUAAAACCAGAGUUAAUAGUACAAGAAGGAUACAGAGCUGUUGGAGUGGGUCCAGAGGAGGGCCGUGAAGGUGAUCAGAGUGUGGAAGAACCUGUCCUAGGAAUACAGGCUGAGGGAGCUGGGCUUUUUCAGCCUGGAGAAGAGUAGGCUCUGGGGAGAUGUCAUUGUGGCCUUCCAGUACUUCAGGGGAGCUUAUAAGCAAGAGGGAGACCAACUUUCUACAUGGUCUGAUAGGGAUAGGACAAAGGAGAAUGGCUUUAAAGUAAAGGAGGAUAGAUUUAGGUUAGGUGCUAGAAAGAAAUUCUUAGAUACUAGAAUACUCAGAGGGCGGUGAGGCAGUGGCACAGUCUGUCCAGAGAAGCUGUGGAUGCUCCAUCCCUGGAGGUGCUCAAGGCCAGGUUGGAUGGGGCCCUGGGCAGCCUCAGCUGGUGGGGGGCAGCCCUGCCCACAGCAAGGGGUUGGAAAUGGAGAAUCUUCAAGGUCCCCUCCAACUAUUCAGUGAUCCUGUAUGAGGAAACAUGCAUAUCAUGUUGGGUUUAUGUAGCAAGAUUUUGGCACAAGGGAAGGUGCAGGGAUGGAUUCUGUGAGAAGAGGCCCACAGCUGUGACCUUGCCAGAGAGCUGGUACCAGAUGGCUCCAAAACAGCUACCACAGGACACCACUGAACCUAUUAACAAUGUGAGUAGUGCUCCUGUGAAGAUGUUAUUUAAGAAAAUGUAAAAACACUGCACAUUAGCUGUGAGGGGGAGGAGUGAGAACAUGUGUGAGAAGCAGGCCUGCGGGUGCCAAGGAAAGUGCAGCAGGAGGGGCUCCAGCCGCAGAGCAGAACUCCACGUGCAGCCAUGGAGAAGCUCACCGUGCAGCAGUGGAUGUGCACUCACUGAAGAAACCAUGGAAAUGCUGGACCAGCUUUUUCCAGAUGACCUCUAUGCCCUAAUGAAGAUACACGCUGCAACAGCUCUUGAAGUACUACGGCGCAUGAGCAGGGCCUGCAGCAGUGCAGAUGCUGAAGGAGGGGCCCCACACCAGAGCACGGGUACAGUAGCAGGAGGAAGCAGCAGAAGAGACGAACUGUUAUCACAGUCCCUGUUUCCCAUUCUCCCUGACAGGAAUUAAGAAGUGAAGUUGAGCAUGUAGGAGGGAAUGCUUUUGUAUUUCUUUAUCACCACACUAUGUUUAUUUGGCAAUAAACUGAUCUUCCCCUGA